CGCAGCAGCGCGCGUUUUCUUUCCAGCUCCGGCUGAGGGUCGCUGCUGAGCCUCCUUCCUCCUCCUCCUCCUCCUCUUCCUUUUGAAGUACAGUGGACCCUCGAGUUACGACUGGAUAAAACUGGUUUUGUUUAACUUAAGACUAAAGACUUGAGUUACUACCUGAAAUCAGGCUGCUUAUUUGGUUGUAAACAAAGACUUGCAAUGCCAGAAAAGCAUCCGUAAGCGUGCCUCUGAGCCCAGAUGUACAUGUCUGUGGAUGUGAUUUUAGUUGGUGCUUUAUACAACUGCUACAAUUACUGUUAUCAGAAUGGCCCCCAAAAAGCUAGAAAAGAAGCUAAGAAAGGAAGGGAAAGUUAAAAAAGCAAUCACAAUUGAAAAGAAGAAGGAAAUUGUGCAGAAAUAUGAGAGUGGUAUUCGUGUCACUGAUCUUGCUAAUAUGUACAGCAUGUCAAAAUCCACCAUCUCAACAAUCUUACAGAGAAAAGAUCUGUAUAAGGAAGCUAGUGUUGCUAAAGGUGUUACUCAGAUUAGUAAAUCUCGACCCACAGCGUUAGAUGAGGUGGAAAGGCUGUUAUUAGUGUGGAUAAACGAAAGGCAGGCGGCCGGUUACAACCUGUCUGAAUCUGUAAUUUGUGAAAAAGCUAGGGCAAUAAAUGCAGAUCUUGUAAAGCAUAAUCCAUCAAGUGAUAAUGGCAAAAUAUUUCGUGCUAGUAAGGGAUGGUUUCAUAAUUUUAAAGCAAGAACUGGGGUUCAUAGUGUAAGUAAGUACGCUGAAGCACCUAGUGCUGAUAAAAGGGCUGCUGAGACUUACAUGCACCACUUUGAAAAGAUGACCCAGAGGAAUGGAUUUUGCUCUCAUCAGGUUUUCAACUGUGAUGAACCUGGUCUUUUCUGGAAGGAAACGCCCAGGGGAACUUACAUAGGCUUGCAGCUAGGCAGUGGUGAUGUUGAGGAACUGGUGGAGGAACGCUCCGUAGAAUCAUCUGCAGAGGCACGUCAGCAACUUCUGGCUGAGCAACCGAGAACGACAGCUGCUAAGGAGCUUUCUGAAGAGGAAGGGAAGUGUCACAAAUCAGUGCAGCAGAGUUCUUCUUCUGAAAUAAAGGAAAUGCUGAAAAAAUGGACAGAGCUACAAACAUUUGUGGAGAAGACCCACCCAGACAGAGAAAAAGCCAGUCAUUGCAUUCACUUGCUUAAUGACAGUAUCAUGUCAUACUACAGAACAGUGUUAAAGAAAAGACAGAAGCAGACAGCCUUAGACCAGCUUUUAGUUCUGAAAAGGUUGAGACCUAGUGGGCCAGAAGCAGGUCCUAGUGGGCUACAGAGUCUCCCAAGGAGAGGAAGGACACCAGAGAGCCAGACUUCUGAUGUUCUUGCGGAAGGGGGCUCUCCUCCCAAACAGUAGCCACCGUGCAUGCCAACCCCCAUUCCUGCAAGCCAAAGACGUCCACAAAUGGGAAUUUUACUACCUCUGGAUGCUACUGUUGAUAUGGAGAAGAUUGAGGAAUGCUUUGUUAAUCUGCAUAUUAAAUGUUCCUCAGAAUCUAAAGAACCCACUUAUGUACUUGGCAUAGACUCAUCAAAGACUGUACAAGCCGAAAAAGGAAGCUUGGUUGCUGUUUUAUGUUCUAAUGGAUCCAUAAGAAUAUAUGAUAAAGAAACAUUAAAUGUGCUACAAGAAUUUAGUGGGCACCCUGGACUUCUUCAUGGAAUCAGAUUUGCAAAUUGCUGUGACAGUGUGUAUUCAGCAAGUACUGAUGGCACUGUAAAAUGUUGGGAUGCUCGCUUAGCUGGAAAGAAGCCUGUUCAGCUGUUCAAGGGUUAUCCUUCCAAUGUUUUUAUUAGUUUUGAUAUCAACUGUAAUGAUCAUGUCAUUUGUGCUGGUACAGAAAAAGUUGACGAUGACGCAUUGUUGGUAUUUUGGGAUGCAAGAGUUAAUUCCGAGGCUUUGUCCACUACUAGAGACCCUCUUGGUACAUACAGUGAGGCGCAUAGUGAUGACAUCACACAAGUAUGUUUCCACCCCCGCAAUCCCAACAUGCUCGUCACAGGCUCCACUGAUGGCUUGGUAAACGUAUUUGAUAUUAGUGCUGACGAUGAAGAGCACUCACUGGUUACAACAUGUAACUCCACUUCCUCAGUGAGCUGCAUUGGUUGGUUUGGGAGAGAGUAUAAGCAGAUUUAUUGCAUGACACAUGAUGAAGGAUUCUGUUGGUGGGAUCUUAAUCAUUUAGAUACUGAGGAACCAAUUACAUGUUUGAACAUCCAGGAUGUCAGAGAAAUAGUUAGUAUGAAAGAAGAUAAUUUGGACUAUUUGAUUGGAGGUCUAUAUCAUGAAAAGAUAGACAAAUUGUUUGUCAUUGGAGGAACACACACAGGAAGGAUUCACUUAAUGACCUGCACCCGGUCAGGACUGACCCCCGUGACCAGCCUUGGGAGAGGGCACGCUGCCACAGUCCGUUCUUUGUGUUGGGACGGGCGAGAUAGCGCUUUGCUGACAGGCGGAGAAGACGCACGCUUGGUACUUUGGAAAUCGGGAGGUCUAGAGAGCACCUUGAAAGACAGCAUGAAAAGAACAUUCUCCGAGCACCAGAAAGUACUCAUCGAUAGUAACAACUCUUACAAAAGAAGGAAAAAACAGUGAUAUUUUAUAGUAUUGAUGUUUUACUUCAGAGGUUUUAUAAUCGUGUUUUCUGGUGAAUUCCCUCUGGUAGACAUGUUUAAAACUUAUAGGUUAAAAUAACUUAACAAAAAAACAAGCAGAUUAGCUAACAUUAUACUACACAAAAUUUGAAAGUUGUUCAGUUCAGGUCUGUAUGAAGUAGUCUAGUUUCGUUUGUUUAUUUGAGACUCUUACAGACCUUGAACUCACUGUGUAGCCCAUGCUGGCCUUGAACUCAGUGAUUCUCUUUCCUCAGCCUCCCAGCUUCUAAAAUAAUUUUAAAACCUUCAGUUGAGUAUAAAAACCAGUGACUUGAAAGUGAAACAACAUUCUCAU